UUACCUCGAUUAUAUUUUCAAUUUUUUUUUUAGUUUACUAUCAAGUGAUUAUGUAUCUUAUUUACCACAUUGUUUAUUUGUCAACAAAAAUAUGAUGAUAAAAAAACAAAAGUGAACAAAAGUUUUAGUGAGAUGUUUUAUUUUUAUUUAGUAUGCUGAACAUGCCAUCUGCAUUUUAUAUCAACUUCCUUUGACUAUAUAUAUUGCUUUUCUAAUAACAAUUAAUACAUUUCUGAAGUCUAUAAGUAAUCAUUCGUUGAAACUAGUCUGCAUGUAGACAGAUAAGUUAUAACGUAAUAUAUAAAUAUAUAUGUAGUCAUAAGUCCGAGAGUACAAAGAAGCAAAAGAAGAUAUUAAAUAAAAUGAAAAUUUAUUUAAAUAAUGAGUUAUUGUAUUAUCAGAAUCUCCUCGUGACUGAAUAUGUUAAGCAAUGUUCUAAAAGUGAUCCUCAGUUAAAAAAAUGUCUUAUUGAUGCUCUACAUCAUCUUCGGCCAUAUCUAAAGACCGGUAUACCUGAAAUUGAAUUACCUUCGGUUGAACCCUUUUUGAUGGACGAACUGACGCUAUCGUUAACAGGUGGUUCUAACGGAUAUAGGGUUCGACUAACGGAUUUAUUUGUUAGGGGAGCAAGUAACUUCACGGUUGAAGAUAUUAAACUUGGAUCUCCUUUUUAUGCGACGAUAAAAAUGCCUGUGUUAUCAUUAGCUGCUCAAUAUUCCAGUUCAGGUGUACUGUUUAUACUUCCGGCAAGUAGUAAUGGAACCUAUUCAGCAAAAUUCGAUCAAGUUAAAGUCUUUGUAAAAGGUACUGUGUCGACCUCUGUAAAAAAUGAUAAGAAUUAUCUUCACGUUGAUUCACUGGAUGUUCAAUUAGUUGUAAAAAAUGUUUUUAUGAGAGUUCAAAAAAAUACUAGCCUUAGCCGCAUAAUUAGUGAGGCAACAAAUAUAUUUCUUCGUGAUAAUGGACAGGAAGUACUGAAGGCAAUGGAUCCGCAACUUAAAAGAAAAUUGUCGGUAUUGUUCUCGGGAAUUGUUAAUCAAUUACUGCGUCAUGUACCAAUUGAAACUUUUCUUGUAUCAUAAUUUAAUGCUUUAAUGAAUUCUUCAUCGUUAGUAAUUACUUGUUAUUUGUUGUUGUAAUUAUUAUUAUGUUUAUAAGAUUUACAUUUUAUGUAAAAAAAAUGCACUUAAGUAUUUCAUAAAAAAUUAAUAAUAAACUAUUUUUAUCAAUAAAAUGACAUUGAAUUAAAUUAUUCAAAAUUUUUUCCACAACAAAAAAAGUGGUUUAACAUAAAUAACCAAUGGUUUAUUUGUUUGAAUAUAUACACAAAGAGGUAUUUUAGCAAUAAAAUAGUAAUAAAUGAUUAGCAAAGUGAGCGGAACUUUCCAUUCACAAUCUUAAAUCAUUAUAAUAAAAACUAAAACUUAAUAAUGGACACUUUCUAAAUCUUAGAAUAGCGUUAACAACAUUGUAACAACAACAAAAACUUCGUUCUUCUUAAAAUUCAUCCUUGACAUUAUUUUUUCAUUUCUUCCGCCAGCGCAACAAACAACCACUAAAUAUAAUGCAUUUUAAAAAAAUUAUAAUUGUGAAAUUUUUAUGUGUUUAAGAAAUUACUAUUAAUUUUUUUUCCCUAAUUUUAACAGAAUUUAAAAAAAAAAAAUUA